UUAAUAAAUGACUCUUCCAUUCCAGUUAAGGAGUCCCGAAUCUGAAAUGGAGCCAUUCCCACUCGCAGAGAAGCCUCUGGCUGAUAGAUGAGACUGUCCCAUUCAGAGGCUUCCCAGGAUGAUGAAAACUAGGCAGGCUCUUCUGCAAAGAAAAAAUCACCAGAGCAUUCAAAAACAUGCUUUUAAAGUGCAGUCCUCCGAAGCCUUGGAGUUCAUGAAGCGGGACCUGACAGAGUUCACCCAGGUGGUGCAGCACGACACAGCCUGCACCAUUGCAGCCACUGCCAGCGUGGUCAAGGAGAAGCUGGCUACUGAAGGCUCCUCGGGAGCAACGGAAAAAAUGAAGAAAGGGCUGUCUGACUUCCUAGGGGUGAUCUCCGACACCUUUGCACCCUCACCAGACAAAACCAUCGACUGCGAUGUCAUCACCCUGAUGGGCACACCCUCUGGCACGGCUGAGCCCUAUGAUGGCACCAAGGCUCGUCUUUAUAGCCUGCAGUCAGACCCAGCAACCUACUGCAAUGAACCAGAUGGGCCCCCGGAGUUGUUUGACACCUGGCUUUCCCAGUUCUGCUUGGAGGAGAAGAAGGGGGAGAUCUCAGAGCUCCUUGUAGGCAGCCCCUCCAUCCGGGCCCUCUACACCAAGAUGGUGCCCGCAGCUGUUUCCCAUUCAGAAUUCUGGCAGCGGUAUUUCUAUAAAGUCCAUCAACUAGAGCAGGAGCAGGCCCGGAGGGAUGCCCUGAAGCAGCGUGCAGAACAGAGCAUCUCUGAAGAGCCUGGCUGGGAGGAGGAAGAAGAGGAGCUUGUGGGCAUUUCACCCACAUCUCCAAAAGAGGCCAAGGUUCCUGUGGCCAAAACUUCCGCGUCCCUUGAAGGAGGACCUGGCCCCCGGAGCCCCUGUGAAGAGAAUCUGGUGACCCCGGUUGAGGCUCCAACAGAGGUGACUCCAUCGGAGAGCAGUGAGAGCAUCUCCCUCGUGACCCAGAUUGCCAAACCUACCCCUGCAUCUGAGGCACCAGUGCUGUCCAAGGACCUGUCCCAAAAGCUUCUGGAGGCAUCUUUGGAGGAACAGGACCUGGCUGUGGAUGUGGGCGAGACUGGACCCCCACCCCUAGCUCAGUCCAAGCCCCACACCCCUGCUGGCCGCCCCAGCGGUCCAGAGCCCCGGCCUCCAGCCAGAGUAGAGACUCUCAGGGAGGAGGUACUCACAGACUUACGGGUGUUUGAGCUGAAUUCAGACAGCGGGAAGUCUACACCCUCCAAUGGAAAAAAAGGCUCAAGCACAGACAUCAGUGAGGACUGGGAGAAGGACUUUGACUUGGACAUGACUGAAGAAGAAGUGCAGAUGGCACUUUCCAAAGUGGAUGCUUCCGGUGAGCUGGAAGAUGUAGAGUGGGAGGACUGGGAAUGAGGGGAGCCAGAGCAAGCCGCUCCCCUACCCACAGCACUUCCCACCUCCCUCGCUCGUCUCCGCCCGGCCCUGGAAGACACUGACUAAGAAUGUCCCCCAAAUGGCCUCUGUCAGCCAGAGCUCUAGGCAGAUUCUGGGUUGUUCCUUGUUGGCCCUUUGGGCCUCUGCUCACAUCUGGGAAGGGGCUUGCUAAAUCCAAACCAGGAACUCUGACUUGUGCCAACCAUAGGAUGACCCGAGUGGGAGGAAACCUACCCCCCUCACCAGAAGAGCCUACACUUCUCUGCUGAACACCCACUGUUCCUGGGGACUCUUGCUGGGAAGUCCCAAUGGAUAGCCCUAGCCCAUCUGCCUGUGUAGGCAGAGGCCAAGCUACCAGUCUCUUGGAGGACGCCGAGACAACACACUCUGUCACCCAUACGCAGGCAAAGAAGGCCAUGCCACCUGCCCUUGGCUAGACAGGGAUGGUGAACACAUUUUGGUUCCUAUCCCAGCGGGUAAGAGGCAUUCAUUUCUGGGAAAUUUGCCUCUCUUAGGAAUCUCCCCCUCCCAGGCAUCUUCCAUUCCUGGAAAGGUUCCUUGUGGUUCAGAAUCUAGAGACCAAACUCCGUCGUUUUACCCAGUCCAGGCUGGUAUGUCCCCAACGCCUUUCCCAAGGCUUCUUCAUGUCAGAUGCACCCGAGUCCUUAGCCCAGCUGUGCCACCUGCAAGAGUCUGCUCUUGCUCUUCUUCCCCUCCCCAAGAAGGGAGGGGGCCACUUCAGGCCCUUCUGUGUGUUGCCUGGCGGGAUACCUUGUCCAACCAGCUACCCACCUCGACUCCCCUGUAGCUUAGGACACAAGCCAGCUACCAGCGGUACAGAGCAGUGAUCAAAGCUGAGUCCUUACAACUCUGGUAAGCCCAACUUCUCCGCCUCAUCCCUUCCGCUUCUUGAAGCGGUGUGCUGGGGGUGAGCUUUUUGAGACUGUCAUCAGGUUUCUGCAAAAGCUCUUCUUCCUGAAGGCAGAUCCAAUCCUUGUGGCUCUCACCCUCCACUCUGGUAAAAGCUGCAACUCUCUUGGGGGGAUGAGGGGCUGCAGGAAUCCCUGGAGACCCUGGUGCUUCACGAUGCUGCUCUGGUGAUUCUUGUACAUAAUCUGGUGUGUUCACCAAUGAUUUAAGUGAUUGUGGUCAGGGACGCCAAGAGAGUGGUGGUCACUUCCACUUCAAACCUUCACUGAGGGGGUGGGAUGGAGAGAAUGCUGAAUCUUUUUUUGAUGGAAUGGGGUUUUUCUCUUUGUAAUUAUUUCUUUAGUUUAAUUAACCUUUUGGUUGUUUGUGCAAUAUUAUAUAUUUUAAAUUAUAAUGUAUCUCCCCAGAGUAUUUUGUAGCCGGGAAAAGAAAAAAGGAAAAAAAAAAAAAAAGACUCUAACAGCUGUUAGUUUUGUAAUUAAAAAAGAAAGAAAAAAGAACUUUGUCCUGAACCUUUUCCAGACUUGCCGUUAACAGCUAUUAAAGAGAUUCAACAGAAGCUGGAAGGUGUCUGGGGCUCUGUUCUUGGACCCUACGGCAGCUGCUCCAGAGCCAGGGCAGGAAACACACUAUGUGCAGUGUGGCUUCCUGCUUGGAGCCUGGGGGUUAGGAUGGGAGGUAGCCUGGGUUCUGAGGAAGUCCCUUGUCCUCAUCCCAGGCUCACUUUGGCCUUUGGGAUGAGAAAGGGACAGGGCCCCCAACAGGCCUCUCACCAAGACAAGGAGUCAAGAGGCCGUUACUGCAUUCCCAACGCUUCUGCUUUUAUUUGGAAAGGAAGUUGCAACAACAGUGGUUCCAGGUGCUCUUGGUCAUUUUUCUCCUCUCCUCCCCCUGUAUGUGUAUGAUUCUGGGGUCUAUUUUUAAUUAACUUCAGUUAAACACCUGUAUGAAAAUCACUUGUCAGCUGUAAUAAAAGGGAAGUCUGAAUGAG